ACCUUUUCACUAGAAAAGCCACAAACAAACAAAACAAAAUUUAGAGCUAGCUAGCUUCUUAUUAUAUUCUUCUAGAUCUUUUCUUUGGUCUAUACACAAUUCUCUAAUUCAUAAAUAUGUCUAUGGCACUAGCCAAAGAACAUGUUAUUAUGAGUGACACAAAAAUGGGCAUGGUUGACAAUUAUGAUCAAUAUUAUGAAGGUGAAUUUGGGAUGAAUGAUCAUUCAUCCCCAGAGUUAUAUGGGAUCCAUGAAGAACCUCCAAAGUCAAUUUUUGAAGAAUGUGAAAAUUCAGAAAAAACAACUCCAAAAAUAGCCAAGAAUUUUGCUUUAAGCAGUUCUAAUUCUUCCCUUUCUAGCCCCAGUAGUUCCAAUUCCAAUGGACAAUCUGUUAUUAACUUCAAAGGGGGUUAUGGUAAUUUUAUACAUUCAGCAAAUGGAUCUUUGUUGAGCUUUGAGCAUAGUGAAAGAUUUUGCCCAAAUCCAAGAAUGAUUAGUAGUAUUAAUCAAGUGGAAGGCUCUGUUUGGGAAGAUAAUAUUUUGCAAUGCCAGAAUUCUGUUACUCCUAAGGGAAGUAGUAACAAUAGUCCUCGAGUGAUUAAUGAGAAUUCCAAUAAUAAUGGAAUACCAUUUGGAUGGCUAAAUUCUGAAGUUAAUGCAAGCACCGCUACUCAUGUUGAGGAAUCACGUUUCAAUAAGCGCCCCUCCACGGAAGAGUGCAUGCAAACAAAUAAGAAGCAAUGUACAGCGGGUUCAAAGAAGGGGAAACCAAAUAAUAAUAAUUCAAUUGGUACAAAGGAUCCACAGAGUAUUGCAGCCAAGAAUCGUAGAGAACGGAUUAGUGAGCGUCUGAAGAUACUACAAGAACUUGUUCCCAAUGGUUCCAAGGUUGAUUUGGUCACCAUGUUGGAGAAAGCAAUUGGUUACGUCAAGUUUCUUCAGUUGCAAGUGAAGGUGUUGGCAACAGAUGAAUUUUGGCCUACACAAGGUGGAAAAGCUCCAGACAUUUCACAAGUAAAAGAGGCCAUUGAUGCCAUCCUUGCUACUCAACGAGACAGAAACUCAACCUCCAAGUGAUCAUAGUAUUUAGCUAGAUUAUAUUCUAUUGAUG